AACAUCAGUCAUCAUGUCGUUGUGCAGAGCGCUGCUGCCUCUGGUCCUGCUGGUGUCGGCCGCCUCAGCCAGCCACUUCUGGGGAGGCACCAUGUCCUUCCUCCCUAAAGGACGCAACCCAGACGGACCCUACAGGGUGGACCUCCGCUACAAGGACACUUUCGAUUCCUGCAUACCAAGGCUGAAUUGGGCUUGCGCUACCGGUAAUUGCGGACGUCAGACUAACUUGGAAGCUGGCCAGAUAUAUGACACCAAUGGAAAGAACCAGAACAAUUACAACUGGUGCCAAGAAGAAGGAGUCAUAACUAGGCACCUUACAAGUGACAAGCCUUUUCGACUAAGUGCAUCUGAUUGCUGCUGGGUAGCCUUGGAUUCUGGGGGCUCUUGGUGGAACCUUGAAGUCCUGGUGGAUCUUGGACGUCGAUCUGACACAAAUGAACCAAAUCAUUCUCCACACACUACCAUCAUAUCAUUUGUCCGUGUUCCACAGAACUGUCCUCGUGCAUACAACUUCAUUGGUGGUGAUUCAGAUGGCGAUGAGAUACGAUGUAAAGGCAGCAUGGAUCUACCCACAGGCUUCCAGCUUGACAAAGAUUCUUGUGCGGUACACUACAGUCCAAGUGGCAUGCUUGGAUCACAUAGCAUCCGGCUUAUUGUUGAGGACUACCCCAAGACUAACAUCACUCUCUCGUAUGACGAUGGAACCACAUCUUACAAGGGCCCAAUCCUGGCCGCCCAUCAACAACGCUCUGUUGGGGGGUGGCUAGGGAUUUCAACACCCACUCCAUCCAGUCCUCCUACUCUUACUUCAACUGCUGCUGUUACUACAACACCUCCUACUACAACAAGGCCUACUACUACCACAAGUAGUAAUAACCCUGCGGUUGUCGGGUCUACCAUGGCUGCAGGAGUCAAUACUCCAGCUUCCACCACAAGACCAACAAUGGCCUCUACUUCAACCAGGUCAACAACACCAACUCCCUCUUGGCCGUAUGCCAGUGCUUCACAAAGCAUUUCAGCAGAUUCAUUAAGUGAUCUUUCUCUACAGUUUGUCAUUGUUGUUGAUUCCCCAGUGCCAUCUUGCAGCGCGGGAGUGUACCUGCCCCAGUUCCUCCAUCCAACCCCAGCUGACAGAGAACGGCUGCACGCUGCCAUCAACCAGGAGUUGGAAAUCAGAAUUCGAGCUGCAGCUACUCAGUCCGUGGUUCAUGAUGUUAUCAUGAGUGGACCUCUUAACAUUGCAAAGGACAAGACCUCUGCUGGAGAGUAUGUCCUUCGAUGGACACCGAAGAGUGAUGACCUUGGAGAACAUUUUCCCAUCUGUUUCAUCGCGGAGAGCAAAGCCGGGAGUAUCUUUUACCAAUCUGACAUGAGAUGUGUCAUUGUGGAAGUUGUGGAACGUGAACAGGCUUUCGUAGGCAAUGUCAUUUGUUCUGAAAACUUCAUGGUCAUUGAAGUGAACAAAACACAAUCGGAUAAAAUCAGAAUACAUGAAGACCACCUAAGACUCAACGACCCUUCCUGCACCCUCUACUCUAAUGGCACACAUGUCUUCGCCAACAUGUCCCUGAACACCUGUGGGACAGUCAUGGAGGAGGAUGACGCCAAUAUCAUUUUCAAGAAUGAGAUUGUGUCCGUUGACAACCCGAAUGACAUCAUAACCAGGCACAAACAGGUGCAGCUACAGUUUUUCUGCAAGUAUCCCAAAAAAGGCAGUGUGACCCUCGAGUUUGACGUCCACAGAAGCCCAUUUGUAUUCGUUCAAAAAGGAUUCGGCACUUUCAGCUUCCAGUUUGAGUUCUUCAAGUCCAGCCAGUUUCAAAAUCUACAGGACCCUAGCACCUAUCCCCUCGAGUACGACCUUGGGGAAAUGAUGUACAUGCAAAUUGAAGCAUCAUCCCCUGUCAGCAACACUGAGCUCUUAGUGGAGUCUUGCCAGGCCAGUCCCAGUGAUGACCCCAAUUCCCACAUCUCCUACUCGAUCAUCAGUAAUGGAUGCAAAGAAGAUGAAACAGUGCAGUUUUACUCAAGUCGUGGCAAUGUAGUCAAGUUUGGAAUGAAGGCUUUCAAAUUCAUUGGAUUGCAUGAUCAGGUGUUCAUCACGUGUUCGGUCAUCCUGUGUGAGGCUGACAAUUCCAACACCAGGUGUUCCCAGGGCUGCAUGAACACCACAGCUGCACCUGCAGCACACCACCACCACAGGAGAGAGGCUCCCAUCCAGACCAUCAGCCACUUCAUCUCCCAGGGACCCGUGAGGCUCAGCAGGAGCGUCAACCUCAAGGAUGCUGCAAGCACAGUGACCUCCAAUGGUUUGGACAUGAAUCUCGUGUUCAUUGCUGGAUGCUUGUUCUUGGCAGUGGGUAUAUUGUGUGGUUUUCUGAUCCACACGAAACGACCCAAGGCAUCGUAUCAGCCCCUGCCGACUAAUGACUAUCAAUGAAGUUGGCUUGUACCUUAGGUUUCUUAUUCAUGCUAAGUAGGUUAGAAAUAAACAUGCUAUGCAUACAAAAAUAAUUUAUUCAUGCAGGACCAUGCAUCAUCCUCUAUUGUACUUAGCAUACAGCACACAACACUUUCAACAAAACUCUUCAACAACUACAGUACUCAUGUUGAAUAUUCUCAAAAGUUAAGGCUUUUGCUCACACAUCAAGGGUAAUUCAAUACAUUUUCUUUCUUUACUUUUUUGUUGUGAGUCCACUGCAUCAUAUUAAGUCCCUUAAGUGCGUUGUUAUAUGUAGGCCUAUAUUCUGUAUAUUGUGAUAUAAUUGGUAUAUUUAGGCUAUACAUAUUUUUUUGCUGUCCCGACAAAUGAUUGUUUUUCUGUUAAGUUUUAUUGUGAUUUCCGGCUUAUUGAGUUCUUUCACAACAUACAUUCACAGUCUUCACUUGACAUAAAGUGGUGCAAAGGACAAAAUAAAAUGGAUAACAUAUAUAUAGCCUAUGCCAAAGUGCCAUGUACACAUGAAUUGUUGUAGGCUAGUAUGCAUGCAUUUGUUUGUCUCAUGUAAUACACAGAAAAUGUGAUGUGUGUAUUUACCUCUUGUUAAUUGACUGUUAAAACUCACAUUACAUAGCCUAACUAGAAUGGGCACUCGAUAGAGCGCAAACCUUCGCCUACGCCACUUAUUUUUUUCUGGCCAUCUUCAGAGUGUGGGGCGUAACAUUCUCCAAAUUUUGGUGUUAGUUUCAUUUAAAUCGGACCAGAAUAUCGUAAUAUUACAUAUUUGGCCCAGUCUUGACCUCUUAUUCAAUUCCGCAUGCACACGUUGUUCUGGCAUAUAGUGCUUGGCAAAGAAAAACGUUUUUGACCUUUUCGUGACCUUGACCUUGACCUUUGACCCAAUCACUCCCAAAAAGUAAUCGAUUGUUCCUUGGGUCAUGACCAAUCAUCCCAGUAAAUUUCAUAAAAAUCGGCUGAAUUUACGUUUUUGACCUUUUCGUGACCU